AAAAAAUAAUCUGGGUGGGUUUGUGCUGUUGUUGUGCCUUUUCCAAGGGUCAGGGAGAUGUAUACAAGAGGUCUUGAAUCAUCCAGAAACACACACACAAAAACAAAACAAAAAAAAAAACCCGGUGAUUCCGCACCUACGACGACGAAGAACAUGCUAUUCACGCAUCGAUUCAUCUCCGAUCCUUCCUCGCUUUAAGGUUCUCGCUCUUCAUCUUCCUUCACAUCCUCAGAGUUAUGCCGACGUUUACAGCAAUAGCUUUGGAUAGGUUGAUUGAACCAGGAGCUUCGAAAUCCAUGACAACUGCGAAGAAUAUUCCUGAUUCGAAAUUGGAGAGGAGAAACGAUAUUCCUAAUGUGAAGAUAGAGAGCGGAAUGAAUACUCCUAACUCUAGGCUCGAUAGGAGAAAUAGUGCGUCAAUGACGAUGAUAGAUAAGAAGAAUCAUUGGACUCAGAUAACUCCAGCUCUUUAUGCCACCCCCGUGUCAAAACCACUUCCUGAUUCUCCGUCUUCAUUCCCUCCAUCACCCUAUAUCAUCAAUCACAAGAGGCGUGGGCCACGUCUUCUCAAGAGUUACUCUGAGGAUGAUGUUGCUGCUCGCAAGCAAGCUCUAGAUGCAGAGAAGAUAGAUGAAAACACAAAAAAUGCAGAAAAGAAGGCUACUGAUUUGUCCAGGGAUGUUACUUUUACUGUUAAUGUUUCUAGCCCUAUUGAAGAGGAGCAUGUGAAUGGCAUUUGUGAUGGGGAACUUGGUACCAGUGAUUUGGGAGACAGUUUGGCGACACAAAAUGGUUCAGCUGUGAAACAUGGUUCAACGAAGACAAUUGCGCUCAAUUUGGAAGAAGGUGGUGAGCUUGACGAUUUCCUUGAUCCACAGGACUCGGUGAGUGUUACAAGCAACACUGAAGGAGAGUACAAUAGUGGGGUGGAACGGUCUUUGCAUCUCGCUACACCAAUGGCUGAGUUUUAUGAUGCUUGGGAAGAAUUAUCCACUGAGAGUGGGCCACAGCCUUCUCCACAUGAUGUUCAAGCUGAAUUGCGUGAAAUAAGGUUGAGUUUAUUGAUGGAGAUAGAGAAGCGGAAGCAAGCAGAAGAAGCCCGAGAUAAUUUGCAAACCCAAUGGAUGAGGAUUCAGCAACAGUUGUCUCUUGUAGGGUUGACACUCCCUGCAAAUCCCAUUGCUGCAGCCGAGGAUGAACAACUGGGUGUUGAUCAUGCAGAAGAGCUUUGUCGUCAGGUAUAUCUUGCUCGGUUUGUGUCGCAUUCCAUUGGGAGGGGUACUGCAAAGGCUGAGGCUGAGAUAGAGAUGGAAGACCAGUUAGAGUCAAAGAACUUCGAGAUAGCUAGGUUAUGUGACAGAUUGCAUUACUACGAGUCUGUGAAUCGGGAGAUGUCCCAGAGGAACCAGGAAGCUAUAGAGACAGCACGGCGUCUUAGGCAAAGGAGGAAGAGAAGGCAGAGGUGGGUUUGGGGUUCAAUUGCUGCUGCAAUUACACUUGGCACCGGUGCCUUAGCAUGGUCUUACCUUUCAACUGGAAAAGGAUCGGCAUCUUCCACCAGCAAAUCCAUUGCUCCAGAGCAUGACCCUGCAGCAGCCAAGUGAUGAGCUCCUGAUCAAAUAAGCAGUUGAAUACAAUGUCAUAGAAGAAAAAAAAAAAAUAAGUGAGCAAGAGGUUUAAUAUGCCAUCUUGUGAAUACGAAUACAUUACUUUUUUUUGUUGGUUGCAUAGUUUCCUACUUCCAAGGAUGUAUAGUUGCAUCGUAAUAAUUAUUCAAGGUUGUACCUUAUGCUGUCAAUCUGGAAUGAGGUGAUGAAUCCAUCAUAUAUUGGAUCGUUGAUUUAAUCAGGUUUUCUUGUGCUCUUCUUCUGUGCCAUCGAGGUCCCAUGCAAUUAAAAUGAGCACAAGAAUGAACGGAAUCAGAUCAGCUGGGGUGGUCUCUGAGUGCCACCAAAACCGUGUAUCAGGUCUGUGGUGUCCGUGUCACUGACCUGGAAGCAAUGACCACCUGAUAGUGCUUACGGGCAUGGUAAAGCUGAAGUUUUGGAUUGUAAUAAAGCAUGAAGGAGUAAAAAUUUGUUCAUUUCGGGAAAGUAAUGAAAUAUGAUUUUGUCGUUCAGCUUGCAGGAUAGCGCUAUCAGGUCUCUAAUGUAUUUAUUCCCUUUCCAACGCUCUUCAAUCUUCACUUCUAUUAUUUUGAUUCUUUUUGGUACAAAAUCUUCACCUCUACUGCCUCACAGUUGCUUCCAGUGAUAGUGUGGUUAUAGAGCAGACAAGUCCGAUUCAUUAAUCCAAAUUUGAUCAGGUUUUUUGAUCGAA